GUUCAUGAUUCUGAUCACCAUCCUCUGCACUCCAUAAAUUCCCCCCUUUGAUCUAAUCCAUUUCUUCAAUGUAAAUCUAAACAAAUGUUGGCUCAUCUUCUCUCUCUCCACCCUAUCUUCUCUCUUCCUCAACAUCCCAAAUCCAUAUUCCAUCCACAUUCAAUGGCUGCCUGUGUUCACUGCUCCAUAACCGAUACAGAAUCUCAAAUCGACGAUCGUUUAUACUCUUCUUACCUCAAAUUCUGCCGACCCACUUUCUCCAAUCUCAUUUCCUGCGAACCCAUCAAACAAGAAAAGAAAAUUGAACAAGAAGACCAUGUUUGGCUAGGAAUGAGAGCCGAAGCUGAAGCCGAUGUUCUUCAGGAGCCGAUUCUAUCAAGUUACUACUUCGUUUCAAUCUUAUCACAUCCAUCACUCGAAAGAGCUUUAGCUAAUCAUCUCGCAACUAAAUUCAGUGAUUCAACCCUUUCCAGCGAAACCCUAUACGAUCUAAUCAUGGAUGUAUUAACAGAGGAUGGAGAAAUCAUGUUAUCUGUAAGAGAUGAUCUAAUAGCUGUAAAAGAAAGAGACCCAGCUUGUAUAAGUUACGUUCACUGUUUCCUAAACUUUAAAGGGUUUUUAGCAAUUCAAGCUCAUAGAAUCGCCCAUAGACUAUGGUUAAACGGGAGGAAAGUAUUGGCCCUGCUUAUACAAAACAAAGUAUCUGAGAUCUUUGCUGUGGAUAUCCAUCCGGGUGCGAGGAUUGGACGUGGGAUAUUGCUGGAUCAUGCUACUGGAGUAGUGAUUGGAGAGACUGCGGUUAUAGGUAAUGAUGUGUCGAUUCUGCAUAAUGUGACAUUGGGUGGAACAGGGAAGACAAGUGGAGAUAGGCAUCCGAAGAUUGGGAAUGGGGUUUUGAUUGGGGCUGGUACUUGUGUUCUUGGAAAUGUUAGAAUUGGAGAUGGUGCUAAAAUUGGAGCUGGUUCGGUUGUUUUGAAGGAAGUUCCUGAUAGAACUACUGCGGUUGGGAAUCCGGCUAAGUUGGUGGGUGGGAAGGAGAAUCCUGUUAAGCUUGAUAGGAUGCCAAGUUUUACAAUGGAUCAUAUCUCACAUAUUUCUAAUUGGUCUCAUUAUGUUAUAUGAUCAAUUCAUCAUCUUCCAUUGAUAUAGGAUUUGAGAGCUUUCAAGCUUGAUGGUGAUGAUGAUGAUUGAUGGGUAUGUGAGAACUUAAGUUUUUUCAUUCUGUUUUGGCUGAAAAUCUACUAUUAAGUGGUGUUGUUUACAUGUAUCCUAGCUAGAGCUCAUAAUAAUAAAUUAAUAAUAAUAAUGGUCUAAGAAGCUUCCAUUUC